AUGAAGAUCGAAGAAGUCAAAAGUACUGCUAAAACCCAAAGAAUUUCGGCACAUAGUCAUAUAAAAGGUUUAGGCUUAGACGAAAAUGGUGUUCCAAUUCAAAUGGCAGCCGGUCUCGUGGGUCAAGAAUCUGCUAGAGAAGCUGCUGGAAUAGUUGUGGACAUGAUCAGAAGCAAGAAGAUGGCUGGACGGGCGUUGUUAUUGGCUGGCCCGCCAGGUACGGGGAAAACUGCUAUUGCUUUAGCAAUUGCUCAGGAGCUUGGAACAAAAGUGCCAUUUUGCCCUAUGGUUGGCAGUGAAGUAUACAGCACAGAAAUAAAGAAAACUGAAGUAUUGAUGGAGAAUUUCAGACGUGCCAUAGGUCUUCGUAUAAGAGAAACCAAGGAAGUGUAUGAAGGGGAGGUCACUGAACUUACACCUGUGGAAACUGAGAAUCCAGCUGGAGGAUAUGGCAAGACAGUUUCUCAUGUAAUUAUUGGUUUAAAGACUGCCAAGGGCACAAAACAGCUGAAGCUAGAUCCCACAAUUUAUGAGUCACUGCAGAAAGAGAAGGUUGAAGUGGGUGAUGUUAUUUACAUUGAAGCAAACUCCGGAGCUGUAAAGCGCCAGGGUCGGAGUGAUACCUUUGCUACAGAAUUCGAUCUUGAGGCCGAAGAAUAUGUGCCAUUACCAAAAGGUGAUGUGCAUAAAAAGAAAGAAGUGGUACAAGAUGUGACGCUGCAUGAUCUGGACUGCGCCAAUGCAAAACCACAAGGUGGACAUGAUAUAAUGUCUAUGAUGGGGCAGCUAAUGAAACCAAAGAAGACAGAGAUUACAGAUAAACUGAGAAAAGAAAUUAACAAAGUAGUCAAUAAAUACAUAGACCAAGGCAUAGCUGAAUUGGUACCCGGAGUGCUGUUUAUUGAUGAGGUACACAUGUUAGAUAUAGAAACAUUCACAUACCUCCAUCGUGCAUUAGAAUCGGCUAUAGCACCAAUAGUUAUAUUUGCUACAAAUAGAGGGCGUUGUCAAAUCAGAGGAACUGAAGAUAUAAUUUCUCCACAUGGAAUUCCCUUAGAUCUAUUAGACCGAUUGCUGAUCAUUCGCACCUUGCCAUAUAAUAAAGCUGAACUUUUACAGAUAUUAAAAUUGCGGGCAGUAACAGAAGGUAUAGGAAUUGAAGAAGAAGCACUGGCAGCACUGGCCGAGGUCGGCGCCAAUAGUACACUCAGGUACGCGGCGCAGCUGUUGACGCCGGCUUCCCUGUCGGCUCGCGCGGACGGCACGUCGCGCAUCUCGCCGCAACACAUCUCGGCCGUGCACACGCUCUUCCUGGACGCAAAGUCCUCCGCUCGCAUCCUCACGCAGCACUCCGACAAGUACAUGAAGUAA